AUGUGGCAGCUAUCGGACAAACGGGGCAAAGCACGGCUUUCUACUGUAUAUGAGCUACUCAACUCGCUUAAGAAGUGCCGACAGGAGCUACAGGAUUUGGAGACAGAAUUAGAGGCGAGAAAGACUCGUAACGCUAUGAGCUGCUGCCUACCACUAAAUUCAACUCCCGCAUGGAAGCACAUAGCUCGGCAUGCCCCCCAAACACCCGCACCAAGUUACUCCAUCAUAUACAAGGAUGGGCAAACAAUAAAACAACAAAUCUAUAUUCUGGUUAAACAGCGCAGCAGGCACAGGAAAGUCAACAAUUACUUAGGCAAGGGGGAGUACAGCAACGCCACGCAAUUCUUCAUCGCAAUUACCACACAUCUGGCUGUUCGUGUAUCAAACGGACAAAGAACGAUCAGCCGGAUGCAGCGAGGCAUGGACGAAUGCAGCAAGGCAUAG